ACACCUCUAUACCCCACCUCCUUGAUCGUUGUCUACCACCAUGAUCUAAGCUGUAUUCAAAAUUGCCAUUAGCAACUCGGCAAUACACAGCCACAUCGUGGCCGACUGCCCGCAGUUUAGGCACCAGCAUCUCGAUAACCCCCCAACUUAACGAUGGCUCUAUCAUGGCUAUCAUACACAUGCAUAGCCAUUCUUCUCGCAACCGUAUAUAUCAGAAAACGACUCAGCGUCCGCACAUCCCAACUCCAGCGCGAUGCAGAAGCCGAGAAGCCUGGCCGUCUCAGGCUUGACGAUGGCCUGACAGCAUCCGAACGACAACUAAGAGCCAAGCUCGUCGCAGCCAUUCCACACAUUAUCAUCACACCUGACAAAGCAACGGAAUUCAAAGAGUCUAUGAAUGCGUAUUGGGACCAGAAAGCGUGUGAGGUACCGCCUGCAUGUGUCGUGCAACCCCGCAAUGUGUGGGAACUAGCGCAGGCGGUCAAGAUUCUCAAACGCGACUUCGAUUUGAGGGUUGAGCGAGCGAAAGCAACGGGGGAAGCGGUGGAAUCGAUUUUUGCUAUUCGAGGUGGUGGUCAUUCUGCUGUUGCUGGUGCGUCGAGCAUUAAAGGCGGGGUGCUCAUCGACUUAUCGCUCUUCAAACAAGUCGUUCCUGCUAAAGAUGGACGGAGCGUGGUCAUUGGCGCGGGCUGCAAGUGGAUCGAUGUGUACUCGGAGCUCGAAAGAGAGGGUCUUGUGGUAGCUGGUGGGAGGAACUCUGCUGUUGGUGUGUCUGGUCUCACGCUCGGCGGCGGUCUCUCGUUCUUCUCGCCGCAAUACGGAUUCGUAUGUAACAACGUCCUUGAAUACGAGGUUGUACUAGCAGAUGGAAGGAUCGUAACUGCCUCGGAACAAGAUAAGCCUGAUCUUUGGCGCGCACUCAAAGGCGGAGGAAAUAACUUUGGCAUCGUGACAAGCUUCACAGUCCGCAGUUUCGCCGCCAAGAACGUCUGGAGCGGAUUCCUCUACCUCCUUCCAUGGAAAGCCCCUGGCGUACUCUCAGCAUUCCACACCUUUGUCGCCCGAACACUAGCCGGUGAGCUAGACCAACGCCUCGAUCCCUACGCCGCUGGCCCGUUGGCAUGUUUCACAUACCUCCAAUCCGUCGGCAUCCAGGCAAUUUCUGUGCACCUCGCUCAUACCGCGCCAGACACGAAGCGAAGAGGCUGGCCGGAAUGUUGGCGUAGUUCUGGUUUCCAGAAGCUAGGUCGCGUUUGGAGUACGCUCAACACUCGCAGUCUAGUCGGUGCGACAGAUGAGUUGGGCGUUUUGAACCCACCGGGACGACGACAAGAAUUCGCGACUACGACGAUCAAGAAUGACAAGCUGACUUUGGAGGCGACGCAUAAAGCGUAUCGCGAUGCGAUACCGAAGAUCAAGAAACAUGGAAUCAAGGGCAUGAAUUGGACGCUUGUCCUUCAACCUUGUCUACCUUCUUGGGCUCGGACGGGUGAUGUGAACCCGCUUGGCCUUGAUGAGGGAUCGGAUGAGCCGCUUGUUAAUGUGCAGUUUACAGUGAAUUGGGCGUUGGAACAGCAUGACGAGGUGGUGAGGGCUAUCACCAAGGAGGCGAUUGAGCAGAUUGAUGCUUUUGCUUCUGAGCAUGGGACUGGUCAUCGUUAUCGCUACCUAAACUACUGUGCAGCCUGGCAAAAGCCAUUCGAGAGCUACGGGGAAGAUAAUCUGAACUUCUUGAAGGGUGUCAGUGAAAAGGUUGACCCUGAGGGCUUGUUCCAGCGAGGCUGUGGUGGCGGUUUCAAGCUCGCGUCAUGAGAACGUUCUACCUCAUAGCGCUGGGUCAUGCAUAGUGGGCAGAUGAUUCAGAACCAUAUAAAAUUACUACACGUGCUACAUCGGCCGUCGAAAUGAAU